AUGGUUGGUGACAAGUUUGAAAAUAAAUAUAUCAACGAUGAAGCAAAAAAACUCAAACAUGGUCUUCCCACUCGCGGAUAUUACGCGGAAUUAUUAACCGAUUUAUCUUAUGAAAGCCGAAUAAAAGCGAUAACCGAACUUCCCGGCGCGUUGAAAAAUACUAAAUUAAUAUGGCAGAUGAGAACGGAAAAACAUACCCCUAUUAUACGAUCUAUGAAUCCUCCCUUAAGAAGAUCAUUUUUAGCACCGGCCGAGAGAUGGAUGACGUUCGAUGAUGAUAAAACUAUAAGCUUUCCUGUUGACACUUUCAAACCUAAAGUUCAACUACAACAUAAAGUCAAACCUAAAACGCUUCCAAGAAGUGUUGCAAUUGAAAGAUGUCGUCGUGAAUAUCAGAGUCAACAUUUAAAAGAUGUUUUAAUGGAACACGAUAUAUCUAUGAGAGAUUUAAUACCUCCGGAAAUAUUGCAACAACACGCCGAAGAUAGGACUUGGCUCAGUUUUUUACCUCUAGAAUUAUUCGACGACGAAGAAUUCGACAUAAGAACUCCCGAAAACUGGUUAGAGCACGGAAUUAUAGACAACGUGCGCCACUCCUUACCGGCCAUAGCAUUCGUACCAACAGUAACACAAAUGACUGUAGAAUCGAGUGAGAAUUUGUCCUCGAAACAUAAACUCUCUAUAAAUCCAUUAGAUUAUUUGUAUGCGUGGAUUAAUGUCGCUGUUAUUGAUUAUAAUCCUCAAACUAAACUUUGGCAAGUUAUGACUUUGGAUGGAACGCAAAGGAUGUUGUCUUUGCACAGAUUGUACAUCAUGUUUUACGCCGAGGAUCCCGUAAAUUUUGUUAAUAGGAUGAAAGAAGCUUUGAGAUUGAAAAGCGAAACGGAAAAUUUAAUAAGAUAUGAAUUCUUUUUGGAUUGUAUAUCGUUGGAGGGCGUCGAAGAAAUCGAUUCGGUGCUUUUGGAAAAAAUAACAUUGUUUGCUUCUAGAGGCAUUGGAAAAAAAGUAACCGGUACAGAAUAUUUUUCAAGGUUAAUAUCAAAUGUUCAGUUGAAUCAUAAAAGAGCUCUUGGAUCUUUUGAAUUUGCGAAAAAUUUUAAAGAUCAACACGAUAUCAAAAAUUUGUGGAUUCCACCUAAAGAAGAGGAAAUGAUACCAGAGCCCGUGAUUACAGGAAUAGUUGAUUUUACGAAGAUAAGAGAUUAUUUCAGAUGGUAUAAUAUAUAUGUAUUACCAGAAACUUAUAGGGCGAUGUCGUACGUCAAUGGGGAAUGUAUAAAAGUUGCUUCUAUGUCUCUAUUUACAGCCAAUUACGGUUCUAAAUACGUUUCCUUGGACGAAUUUGAAUCGAUUCAAAAUUUAUCAACGAACGUGCUUCUGAAGCAGCUGCGAGGACCGUGGGUGGAAACGAUAGUUUUCAAUAUAAGGAUGUGUCUAGGUGAUAUCGGUAAAGGUUGGUUCGAUAUUAACGAAAAAAUUUUCGAAACCUACGAAAUAUCCAAACUGAAACGUUUCAUGGAAUUGGUAAAAUUCAGGAUGCAGCAUACACUUCGUCUGUUAGUGGAAAAUUCCAUAAAUACUUUUAUAAAUUUAGUUGAAACUCCUUGUUUGACUUGUCUUCAAGUGGAAGACGACUACGAAUGGGGUGCUGAUUUAGUAAACAGUCCUUUUAUAUCGAAAACAUCGCCAUUAUUCAGUUUGCAAUUGAAGAUGCAAGAAACUGGUGCUUAUUAUUCGACAACCCCGGAAAAUUUUCAGGUGGUGCUGUUGAAACUUUUCGACGAAGCUUUGAAACAAACUCACUUAAUAAAACAAGUCCAUCCUUAUCUAUUGGGAAAUCUGCGUUUUCCCAAAGAUCUUAAUUUGUCUUCGGUCGGGUUAUUAGCUACGGAAGUUUGCGAUAUCAGAAAUCGUUUCAUCGUAGCCUACGAUCGAGCUAUGAUACCUUUGAAAGCUUAUGCCGCUAAAUACGAUAUGCACCUAUCGCUAUUUAAUAUGGACGUCAACGAGUUUAUAGAACAAUACAAACAAGAACAGCAUUCGGCUUACGAAGUAAAAGAAGAAGUAUCUAAUCAAUAUAGACUAAAAUCUAGUUUAGAAUCUUCUAUACCGAUUAUAAUUUUUAUCGGACCUUUUCACAUAUCUGUAGAUUAUUUGAGAAAUCAUUUGAUUAAUAAACGACAAGAUAUUAUUAAUAAAAUGCUCGACGCUUUCGCCGAAAGGAUGAAACAACUUGUUGAAGAGGUUUUAUACGAAUAUCAAAAAAUAAUGAACAAACUAGCAGAAAAACCCGAUAGCAUAGAACGCGUAUACGAAAUGAGGGAUUGGAUAGAAACAAUACCGAUGACUUUGCGACAACUGGACGAUACGACAAGAAGAUAUGUGAUGGAAUACGAAAUAUUAGACUCUUUCAAAUAUUCUUUACAAAACGAAGACUUCGCUAACAAAUGGACCGCCAUAGGAUGGCCUUUAAAAGUUCAACAGGAAGCUGAAUUGAUAGAAUUAUUCUUGAAGGAAGAAGAGGAACGUUUCUAUAAAAUACAAUUAACGGACGAAUUUAAUCUACAAGAUAAGAUCGAAACGUUCACGGCGCAAGUAGUUCAAAUGUCCCAAUUGAAAGAUUUCAGUAAGACCCACGACAUUGCUUUGGACAUGAGGAGAUUAUGGAAAUCGAUGAAAGAAGCCCAAGAAUUAGGUCAACUGUUAAAUCAACGACAAAAGCUGUUCGGCGUCCCGGUCAUCCCCUGGGACAAUCUGAUUAAGUUAAUGAAGGAAUUCGAACCUUAUAAGAAUCUAUGGGGAGCUGCUUCAGAUUGGUUAAGGUCUCACGAGAUGUGGUUGGAUAAUCCGAUAGUUCAGAUAGACGCGGAAGCUAUAGAAACUACCGUUAGCGAUAUGUACAAGUUAAUGUCGAGGUCAAUAAGGACAUUCGCCGAGGUUCCGGCGAUGCAAAGCAUCGCUAUGGAUAUUAAGAAUCGAAUAGAAGAAUUCAAACCUAACGUACCGUUACUUUUGGCCCUGAAAAAUCCCGGAAUGAAAGAGAGACAUUGGGAACAAUUUGCCGAAGAAACUGGGAUUUUAUUGGAUUUUACGACCGGUGUUACUUUUCACGAUUGUUUGCAAUUGGGAGUGGAUCAAUAUAUCGAGAAGAUGGCGAAUAUAGCCGAACGUGCUACUAAGGAAUAUUCGAUCGAACAAACUUUGGAGAAGAUGAUGUCCGAAUGGGAAAAUAAUAAGUUGGAAUUGACACCGUACAAAACUACAGGUACUUAUAUUAUGAAGGUGUCUGAUGAAAUUCAACAGUUAUUGGACGACCAAAUUGUACUGACCCAACAGAUUUCGUUUAGUCCUUUCAAAGGACCAUUCGAAGAGACGAUAGAUGAAUGGGAAGACAAACUUAAAACAACAGCUCUAGUUAUUGAAGAAUGGAUGGACGUACAAAAGCAAUGGAUGUAUUUAGAACCUAUAUUCACUAGUGAGGAUAUAACCAAGCAGUUACCUGUCGAAAGUAAAAAAUAUAAUUCGAUGGAGAGAACGUGGAAAAGAAUUAUGAGAAGCGCUCUCGAUUGUCCACAGAUAAUCGAAUAUUGCGGCAACCGACCACUUUUAGAGGUCUUACGAGACGCCAAUCAUAUAUUACAAGUAGUCCAGAAAGGUCUUUCCGAAUAUUUGGAAGUCAAACGUAUGAUAUUCCCUAGAUUGUUCUUUCUCAGCGACGACGAACUGCUGGAGAUUCUAUCUCAAGCUAGAAAUCCGUUGGCCGUACAACCCCAUCUUAAAAAAUGUUUCGAAAAUAUUGCGAUGUUAACUUUCGAAGAAGAUUUACGUAUCACGCAAAUGUUUUCGGCCGAAGAAGAAUGCGUCGAUCUGGAACCGACUUUAUACCCGACUGGAAACGUGGAAAAUUGGUUGGUUGUGGUUGAAAAUUCGAUGAAAAAUACGGUUAGAACUCAGUUGGGAAAAUCCCUCCAGGAUCUACCUCUCAAAUCGAGAAAAGAAUGGGUGCUUCAAUGGCCCGGCCAAGUGGUCAUAGCUUGUAGUCAAACCUUUUGGACGGCCGGUGUUGAAAAGGGUAUAUUAGAAAAUGAAUUGAAUAAAUUUUUUACUGAAACGAUGUUGGUCAAUCUGGAUGACCUGCGAAGUUUGGUGAAAGGCAAACUUACGUUCGUCCAAAGGGAAAUUCUAUCUGCCCUUAUUGUAAUCGAGGUACAUUCCAGGGACGUAACGCAAAAUUUGAUCGAUUUAAAAAUCGAAAACGCCAACGAUUUCGAUUGGAUAAGUCAAUUAAGAUAUUAUUGGGUUGAAGAGCAGAUGAAAGUUCGGGCUGUGAAUGCGGAAUUUUCGUACGGGUACGAAUAUCUGGGUAACAGCGGACGUUUGGUGAUAACUCCUUUGACAGAUAGGUGUUAUUUGACCUUGACUGGGGCUCUUCAUCUCAAAUUCGGAGGUGCUCCUGCAGGACCAGCAGGCACUGGUAAAACGGAAACGACCAAAGAUUUAGCGAAGGCCUUCGCCAUACAAUGUGUAGUAUUCAACUGUUCCGAUCAAUUGGAUUUCAUGGCCAUGGGGAAAUUCUUCAAAGGUUUAGCGAGCUCGGGAGCUUGGGCUUGUUUCGAUGAGUUCAAUAGAAUCGACAUCGAAGUUUUGUCAGUGGUCGCUCAACAAAUAACAACGAUACAAAAAGCUCAACAGGCCCGUUUGGAAUCGUUCUUUUUCGAAGGAACGGAAAUCGCUUUGAAAGAUUCUUGCGCCGUUUUCAUCACAAUGAAUCCCGGUUACGCCGGAAGAACAGAAUUACCGGAUAACCUCAAAGCUCUAUUUAGACCAGUAUCUAUGAUGGUGCCGGAUUAUACGUUGAUAGCGGAAAUUUCUUUAUUCUCUUUCGGUUUUGGUAACGCUAAGAAUUUAGCGAACAAAAUCACAACAACGUUCAAAUUGAGUUCGGAGCAAUUGAGUAGUCAAGAUCAUUACGAUUUUGGAAUGCGAGCAGUUAAGACGGUCAUAGCCGUAGCCGGUAAUUUGAAACGGGAACACCCCGAUAUGGACGAACGACAAAUUGUAUUGAGAGCCCUUUUGGACGUCAACGUUCCCAAAUUUUUGAAAGACGAUUUAAAACUAUUCAGCGGCAUAGUAUCGGAUUUGUUUCCUCGAAUGGUCGAAGAGGAAGUAGAUUAUGGAAAUCUGGAAAAAUCUAUAAGAGCUUCAUCGAUUGCUCUCGGUUUACAAGACGUGAACGAAUACGUGAAAAAAGUCAUCCAGUUGUACGAAACUACCGUAGUUCGACACGGAUUAAUGUUGGUAGGUCCGACAGGAUCAGGAAAGACGAUGUGUUACAAAAUUUUGAAAGAUGCUAUGACCAGUUUGAAAGGGCAACCCCAGCCGAGCGGUUAUCCAUUCCAACCUGUACACACGUACGUUCUCAAUCCCAAAUCUAUUACUAUGGGUCAGCUCUAUGGAGAAUUCGAUUUGCAAACUCACGAAUGGACGGAUGGUAUACUUCCUUGCUUGGUACGACAUGGUAUAAAUGCGCCGAACAAAGAUAAACGUUGGUACAUUUUUGACGGACCUGUGGACGCCGUGUGGAUCGAAAAUAUGAAUACCGUAUUGGACGAUAACAAAAAACUUUGUUUAAGCAGCGGGGAGAUAAUAAAAUUGAGAGAUACCAUGACGAUGAUGUUCGAAGUGGCAGAUUUAGCUGUCGCUUCGCCGGCAACCGUAUCCCGAUGCGGGAUGGUGUAUUUGGAACCGGCGGUUUUGGGAUUGGAUCCUUUCGUUAAAUGCUGGUUGAAGAGGUUACCAGAUCUUGCUAAACAAUACGAAAAAACUUUCAAGACUUUGAUUGAAUUUUACGCGUUGCCCGCCAUAGAUUUUGUUAGAAAUAAUUUGAAAGAGAUAUUAACUUCUGUCGAUUCGGCCAUUUUGACGUGCUUUUUACGGUUAUUGGAUUUUCGAUUGGGUCCUUUGGCAGGGAGAGAUAAUAAACCCCCACCUGCGCAACACUUUUUGGAACUGAUUAAGGGACUGCUGGUACCUUGGGUAAUAUUUUCCGUUGUGUGGAGUAUUGGUUGUACGUGCGAUAAUAAUGGAAGGGUUAAGUUCGAUAAAUGGAUCAGGGAAAAAAUACAGGAGAGAAAAGACGGUCCGGUUCCUCCUUCUACAUCCCUCAUAUAUGAUUUCACAUUACACGACGGAGGCUUCACCGAUACUACUAGUGACGGUAAUCCUAGUCCACCAACAUGGAUAAGUUGGAUGAAUAAUAUCGAAGAAUAUAAAAUAACAAAAGAUAUGAAAUAUUCUGAUAUCGAAGUGCCGACUGUGAACAACGUUAGAAAUGCCGAAUUAAUUGGUAUGCUAUUGUACAAUGAAGAUAACGUUUUAGCAGUUGGCCCAACAGGUACCGGAAAAACUCUAACAGUUAUCGGAAAAUUGAGUAAAAAUAUGCACAAGAAAUUCAUUUGCGAUUUCAUUAGUUUUUCCGCAAGAACCACCGCAAAUCAAACCCAGGAUUUGAUCGAUUCCAAAUUAGACAGGCGUAGAAAGGGAGUGUUCGGCCCGCCGGUUCUCAAACGACAAGUUUUCUUUAUCGAUGAUUUUAAUAUGCCCGCGUUAGAGGUAUACGGGGCUCAACCCCCCAUAGAACUAAUCAGACAAUGGAUGGAUUUCCAAGGUUGGUAUGAUAGAAAAAAUAUAGGAGAUUUUCGUAAAAUUAUCGAUACAAAUUUCGUUGCGGCUAUGGGUCCGCCCGGGGGCGGUAGGAAUCCGGUAACCGCUAGAUUAUUACGUCAUUUCCAUUAUUUGACGUUUUUAGAAAUGGAAGACGAUAGUAAGUUGAAAAUAUUUGGAACUAUUCUCGGUUUUUGGUUGAAUAGGGCUCCGGAGGGCUUCGGCGAUUAUUUUGAUCCUUUGCUCAAUUCCACUUUGAUAGUUUUCACAACUAUCCUACACGAAUUGUUACCUACGCCAGCCAAAACCCACUACACAUUCAAUUUGAGAGAUUUGAGUAAAGUUUUCCAGGGUAUGUUGAUGUUCGAGGCCGAAACUCUCGAGGAUCCCGAAGCGAUGAUUCGUUUGUGGUACCACGAAAAUUGUCGGAUAUUCCAAGAUCGCCUUAUCAACGACGAAGACAGAUCUUGGUUUGAUUCUUUAUUGAAAGAACAAAUAUCCGUUCAUUUCGAAUUAGAGCCCGAAAUGGCGUUAGGCACAGACGACAUAUUGUUCGGCGAUUUCAUAGAUCCAACCGUGGGUUCAGGUGCCUAUAUACAAAUUAAGGAUUUCGAGAAAUUGUCAAACGCUUUGAAUUAUUAUUUGGAUGAUUAUAAUUUGCAAAGCACCAAACCGAUGAAACUGGUUUUAUUUCUGGACGCCAUGUUACAUAUUUCGAGAAUCUCCAGGAUAAUACGUCAACCGAUGGGUAACGCUUUGUUAUUGGGCAUGGGCGGAUCAGGUAGACAAAGUUUAACGAGAUUAUCGACGUUUAUGGCAGAGUUCAAUUGUUUCCAAAUAGAAUUGACUAAAUCUUAUGGUCAGAACGAUUGGCGGGACGACGUUAAGAAUCUUAUGUUGAACGCCGGUUUAAUGAGAAGAGAAACUGUAUUUCUUUUUUCCGAUACGCAAAUCAAGUCCGAAUCGUUCCUGGAAGAUUUGAAUAAUAUCUUGAAUUCUGGUGACGUUCCGAACAUUUACCAACCAGACGAACUGGACAAAAUCUAUCAAAAUAUGAAGGGACUCGUACAGGAAUUGGGUUUAACGGCUACCAAAUCGAAUUUGUUUGCUGUGUACCAAAAAGAAGUGAGAGCCAAUCUUCAUAACGUCAUCAGUAUGAGCCCGAUUGGUGAAAUAUUUCGAGCUAGAUUGCGUCAGUUUCCAGCUUUGGUUAAUAAUUGCACUAUUGAUUGGUUUAGUCCUUGGCCGGAUACCGCUUUACAGUCAGUGGCUUUACGAUUUUUGAAAGAAGUUGAAGAUUUCGACGUCUCUGAACGUACUUUGAACGGAAUCGUCAUGGUAUUUCAAUACAUGCACGCCAGCGUAGUCGAAGCUAGCCGCAGGUUCGAAAUUGAGUUGUCGCGUCAUAAUUACGUAACGCCUACGUCAUAUUUGGAACUUUUAUCGAGUUACACGGAGUUGAUGAAUAAGAAGAAGGGGUCGUUGACACAAGGCGUGGGACGGCUCAAAACAGGAUUGAGUAAACUUCAAAGUACCGCCGAAGAAGUUAAAGUACUUCAAGUGCAAUUGAAGGAAAUGAAACCGUUAUUGGAAAUAGCGGCCCGAGACGCAGAUAUUAUGAUUACGAAAAUAGCAGCUGAUACCGUUAUAGCCGAAGAAACUAAGGUAAUUGUGGAAAAAGAAGAACAGGCCGCUUCCGAAAAGGCCUAUCACACGCAGAAUAUAGCCGAGGAUGCUCAAAGGGAUUUAGACGAAGCGUUACCGGCUCUAAUUGAAGCGGAAAACAGCUUAAAAGCUCUGAAUAAAAACGAUAUAAUCGAAGUGAGAUCGAUGAAGAGACCACCAGCCGGGGUCGUGUACGUUAUAGAAGCCAUAUGUAUCGUAAAAAAUAUCAAACCAAACAAAAUACCUGGAUUCAAACCGGGCGAGAAACUUUUGGAUUAUUGGGAACCCGGUAGGAACAUGCUUUCCGAUCCACAAGCGUUUUUAGUCGGUUUAAUGAAUUUCGAUAAGGAUUCCAUUACGGAGGACAUGAUUGAGAAAUUGAAAAAAUACGUAGAAGAUCCCCUAUUUACCCCCGCCAAAAUAGCGAAGAUAUCGAAAGCUUGUACGUCUCUUUGUAUGUGGAUCCACGCCAUGUAUAAAUAUUAUUUCGUUAAUAAAUCCGUGGCGCCGAAAAAAGCGGCUCUGGCUCAAGCUAAAGCCGAUUUGGAAGCUACAGAACGCGCCCUGGCCGAAGCUAAAGCUAAGAUGAAAGAAGUACUGGAAGGAUUGGAACAACUACAGCAAGCUUUGGCGACGAAAAUAGCUUUUAAAGAAGAAAAAGAAGCGAACAUCAGUUUUUGCGAGGAUAGGAUGAACAGGGCAAUGAGAUUGAUCGGCGGUUUAGCCGAAGAGAAAAUUCGAUGGCUACAAACCAUCGACAAUAUAGAAGCCAAUGUAGUGAAUGUAACCGGAGAUAUUUUGAUAUGUUCCGGUUGUGUAGCUUAUUUAACACCUUUUACGGAUUCUUACAGACGUGAAUUAUUUUCAAGUUGGAUGGAGAAAAUAACGUUUUACGAGAUCCCUUUCACCCCUAACUGUAAUCCAGUAUCGAUAUUAGGUGAACCAGUACAGAUUCGAUUAUGGCAAUUGGACGGUUUACCCAGAGAUUACCUAUCGACAGAAAACGCCGUUUUGGUAUCUUGUUCACGUAGGUGGCCCCUUUUCAUCGACCCCCAGGGACAAGCGAAUAAAUGGGUCAAAAAUAUGGGGAAAAAUAUGGGACUUUCCAUUUGCAAGCUCGCCGAUAAAGAUUUGAUGCGUACCAUGGAAUCGUCGAUACGUUUCGGUAAAGCUGUACUCAUUGAAAACGUUGGAACUGAACUUGAUCCAGCUCUGGAUCCGGUACUGCUCCAUCAAGUUUUUAUGCAAAGCGGUACUUUGGUGAUUAAAUUGGGAGACGUCGUCGUACCGUACGAUUCGAAUUUCAAACUUUACAUUACAACUAAACUACCAAAUCCCCAUUACACGCCCGAGAUUUCUAUAAAAGUUCUCAUAGUAAAUUUCACGGUGGUAUCCACGGGGUUGCAAGAUCAGUUACUGGCUUUGGUGGUGAUGCAAGAAAGGCCGGAUCUGGAAGAACAGAGAAGUCAGAUCGUCGUUAGUAUUGCGACGAUGAAACAAGAAUUGAAAGAAAUCGAAGAUAGGAUUUUGUUCAAAUUGAGUUCUUCGGAAAUAUCUCCGAUCGAAGAUUUGGAUUUUAUUAUAACAUUGGAAGCUUCCAAAGUAAAAAGUGAGGAUAUUAAAAAUAAAGUCGAAUCGGCAGAAAUUACUCAAAUAGACAUCGACAAUACUAGAGCGUUGUAUAUUCCCGUGGCAAACAGAGCUCAAAUUUUAUUUUUCUGCGUAGCCGAUCUUUCGAAUGUCGACCCCAUGUAUCAGUACUCUCUGGAAUGGUUCGUUCAAAUUUUUGUUUCGACAAUGGCAGAAACCGAAAAAUCAGAUGUGAUUGAAACUCGAGUCAAAACUAUCAACGAUUCUUUCACGUACAAUUUGUAUAGCAACGUCUGUAGAAGUUUAUUUGAAAAACACAAAAUGCAUUUUGCUUUUUUGCUUUGUAUAAGGAUUUUGAUGGAUUUCAAAGAAGUCAAUCCUCAGGAAUGGCAACACUUUUUAGCAGGAGGAUCACCUACCAAGGAUCUACCUAACCCUGCUCCGAAUUGGUUAUCGAGUAGAGCGUGGAACGAAAUAUUAGCUCUAGAUGCUUUACCUAAUUUUCAAAAUUUUGUCACGACGUUUAGUGGAAAUAUAACAAGUUAUAGAUCCAUAUUUGAAAGCUUGGAACCGCACAGGGUUCCCUUGCCGUCCCCCUUCGACACGACUCUAGAUUCGUUUCAAAAAAUGAUAGUUCUAAAGAGUUUACGACCCGAUAAAGUCACUAACGCCAUGCAAGAUUUUCUAGCCGAUAAAAUGGGUCAACAAUUCAUCGAACCUCAAACGUCUGACUUAUCGGCUAUGUAUAAAGAGUCCGGUCCUGCUAUUCCGCUUAUUUUCGUUUUAUCGACGGGUACCGAUCCGGCCGCCGAAUUAUACAAAUUCGCCGAACGCAUGAAAAUGGGAAAGAGGAUGUUUUCGAUUUCCCUAGGACAAGGACAAGGUCCAAGAGCUGAAAAGAUUAUGCAGAGCGGAGUCGAAGUAGGAUCUUGGGUGUUUUUUCAAAAUUGUCAUUUGGCACCCAGUUGGAUGCCUCGACUGGAACGCAUCGUCGAAGCUCUUACACCGGAAACUACACACAGAGAUUUCCGCAUUUGGUUAACUUCUACGCCAUCUCCUAAUUUUCCGGUAGCCAUUUUACAAAACGGUAGUAAAAUGACGAUAGAACCUCCGUCGGGUUUGAAGGCGAACAUGUUGAGGGCCUAUAGGAACGAAGUGUCCGAUUUUAUGGAUUUUAUGCAAUCUAACGAUCCCAAAGGACCUACCUUCAAACUUCUGGUAUUUUCGCUUUGUCUAUUUCACGGUAUUGUUUUGGAAAGAAGAAAAUUCGGUCCUUUAGGGUUCAAUAUCCCUUACGAAUUUACAGAUGGUGAUCUUAAAAUCUGCAUAUCCCAACUGCACAUGUUCCUAAUGGAAUACAGCGAUAUACCUUUCAAAGUAUUGACCUAUACAGCUGGACAAAUCAAUUAUGGAGGAAGAGUAACAGACGAUUGGGAUAGAAGAUGCUUAAUGAACAUAUUGGCCGAUUAUUACAAAAAAGACGUCAUCAAUCAAACUUACGUCUUUGAUAAGCAAGGAUACUAUCACCAGAUACGAACCGAUGUUUUAUUCGCUGAUUACGUGGAAUAUAUUAAAACUCUACCUAUUAACGACGAUCCAGAAUUGUUUGGACUUCAUCCUAAUGCCGAUAUCACCUUUGCUCAAUCGAAAACUUACGCUUGCCUCUCUACGUUGCUAUUACUUCAACCUAAGCAAAUAGGUGGCGCUGCCAGUAGUCAAGAAGAAACAACAGCUAAUGCCGCGCGGUCUAUUUUAGAACAAACACCCGAUUUAUUCGAUUUAGAUCUAAUAUCGAAACGUUAUCCUGUCCUCUAUGAAGAAUCCUUGAAUACUGUGAUCAUUCAGGAAGCCAUAAGAUACAACAAGUUAUUAUCUGUUAUAAAAUCAUCCUUAUACGAUCUCUUGAAAGCCCUUAAAGGUUUGGUAGUGAUGUCGGAAGCUUUGGAAAAGAUGUCACAAAGUUUAUUCAGUAAUUUGGUGCCUCAAUUGUGGGCCUCUAAGGCUUAUCCAUCACUAAAACCUCUAGGAGCUUGGGUGACUGAUUUAAAAGCGAGAAUCCAAUUUUUAAAUAAAUGGGUAGACGAAGGGAUACCUCCCGUUUUUUGGAUAUCCGGUUUCUAUUUUCCCCAAGCUUUUCUCACUGGUACCCUACAAAAUUACGCGAGAAAAUAUAUAGUUUCGAUAGAUACGAUUAAUUUCAACUUUAAAGUAUUGGAUCAUUUUCCGAAGCAGAGGCCGUCAGACGGGUGUUGUAUAUACGGUUUGUUUCUAGAAGGAGCUCGUUGGAAUGCUAAACUUAAAGUUUUGGACGAAUCUAACCCGAAAGAACUUUAUACAGAUAUGCCGGUUGUGUGGUUACAGCCUGAAGAAAAUCACGUUUGCCCAGAAGGCGUUUAUCAAUCGCCUGUUUACAAAACUCUAACUAGAGCCGGUACUCUUUCUACCACAGGUCAUUCAACGAACUAUGUUUUGACUAUCGAAAUACCGAGCUUAAAACCACAACCUCAUUGGAUUAAAAGAGGUGUAGCAUUAAUAUGCGCUCUAGAUUAUUAA